UUUGUCUCCCAUGGCUUCACUUUUCUCUCUUAUACCAUAAGAGCCUCUCUUUUUUCUUGGUGCGCAUGUACAUAUAUUUAUAUAUAUAUAUAUAUAUGUAUACAUGCUGCAUGUUCAUAGAUAUAUAUACAUACAGAAAAAAAUAUUAAUAAUUAUGGUUUAUAUGGAGGCUAUUGUACGAAGCUAUGAUGAUCAAAUCGAUAGAGCUCGAGUAGAAGAUCUUGAGAGAAGAUGUGAAGUAGGGCCAGCAGAGAGAGUUUUCCAGCUCUACACAGAUACUUUGGGUGACCCCAUCUGCAGAAUCCGAAACAGUCCCAUGUACAAGAUGCUGGUUGCAGAGAUGGACAAGGAACUAGUUGGUUUAAUUCAAGGCUCAGUAAAGAUUGUGAGAGUGUAUAACAAGAAAGCCAAAGUGGGUUAUGUAUUGGGCUUAAGGGUUGUGCCGAUUCAUAGAAGGAAAGGGAUUGGGUUGAGACUUGUGAAGAAGCUUGAAGAGUGGUUUAUCUCAAGCGAUGUGGAAUAUGCAUACAUGGCAACAGAGAAUGACAAUGAAGCCUCAGUUAAUCUAUUUGUGAACAAGCUUGGGUAUGUAAAGUUCAGAACUCCAUCAAUCCUGGUAAACCCAGUUAACAAUACUCGUCCAAUACAUGUUUCAUCAAGCAAUAUCGAGAUUGUGAAGCUGAAAGUUGAAGAUGCAGAGCUUAUGUACAGAAGAUUUAUGGCUUCAACAGACUUCUUUCCUGAUGACAUAGGCAAUAUUUUGAGGAACAAGCUUAGUUUGGGUACCUGGGUUGCUUAUGAUAAUCAAAAAGGACAAUCAUCAUGGUCUGAAGAAUUGAAACCCAAGAGCUGGGCAAUGGUUAGUGUAUGGAACAGUGGUGAGCUAUUCAAGUUAAGGCUAGGGAAGGCACCAUUGUCAUGUUUGAUAUACACAAAGAGUUCAAGAUUGAUUGACAAGUUCUUUCCUUGGUUUAAGGUUAUUCCUUCAAUACCAGAUUUCUUUAACCCAUUUGGGUUUUACUUCAUCUAUGGAGUGCACAGAGAGGGCCCAGUGUCAGGGAAGCUUGUGAAGGCUUUAUGCCAAUUUGUCCACAACAUGGCUAUGGAGACUAGGGAUUGUAAGGUGAUUGUUACUGAAGUUGGAGGAAACGACAGUCUGAGAUUUCACAUCCCACACUGGAAACUACUAUCUUGUCCUGAAGACUUGUGGUGCAUAAAGGCCUUGAAAAAUGAAGAUCAUACCACUACCGUACAUGAAUUAACAAAGACCCAAGCAACGACCAAAGCUCUUUUUGUAGACCCAAGAGAGGUAUGAACAAAGUACCUAAAUAAAUAACAUCAAUUGGUGGUGGGGAGUCUUCUCUUGUUCCUAUCACUGAAAUCUCUAAAUAGAUUUCCUUAAUUAGGUGCC